AUGUCAUCGUCCUUCACUCUCGAUCAAAUCCAAGCACUCAUUCCCACACUCAAUCAAAUACCCUUACUUCCCACUUGCUCACUUCCAAUCUUCAGUAUCGGUGCUGGUUCCAUCGUUAAUAGUUCACACCUACCAGCUUAUCAACUCGUUAAAUUUCAAGUUCACGGUAUCUAUGAUCCAAAUCAAGAUGCAGCUAAGAAGACAGCUGAAAAAUUUCAUAUUCCAACUGUAUUCAAUUCACUCAAUGAACUUAUUUUGUCUGCAGAAAAAGAACCGACCAAAGUCAUCUAUGAUAUAGCAACACCUGCCACAGAAAUCUCUAAUAUUUUGAAACAAUUACCAAAUAACUCAUUUGCUCUCGUACAAAAACCAAUGGGUGAAACACUUGAACAAGCAAGAGAAAUUCGACGUCUAUGUAAGGAGAAAAAUUUGCAUAUUGGUAUUAACUUCCAAUUGAGAUAUGCACCACAAAUGCUGGCUGCGAAAGAUCUGUUGAAGAGAGGAGUUUUGGGAAAGAAACUGACAACAAUUGAAAUACAUGUCAAUACACAUACACCAUUUGAAAAUUGGAAAUUUUUAGAAAAGGUUACUCACAUGGAAUUAACUUAUCACUCUAUUCAUUAUAUUGAUCUCAUACGUGAUAUACUUUCGCCAUGGGAACCAACAUCUGUUCAAUGUCACUCGUGCAAGCACAUCAAUCAACCAAAUCUGGAUACUGUCCGUACACAUCUCUCACUCACCUAUGGAAAUAAUGAUCCUCAACUUUUCGUUACUAUACAUACAAAUCAUUUUCAUAUAUGGGGUAUUCAAUAUGCUAAUAGUUAUUUGAAAAUUGAGGGAACGGAAGGUGUUCUACGUGCACAGAUGGGAUUACAAUUGGAAUAUGGUGAUCAGAGAGAUCAAGAUCGAUUAGAACUGUGCACAAAUGAAAUGAGAGGAGAGUGGAUUGAGAUUCCACUUGAAGGAAAUCGUUUUCCAAAUUCGUUUGUAGGACCAAUGGCUAGUAUCAUGAGAAUGGCACAAGGUGAAUCAAAAGAAAUUUUAACUUCAGAAGAUGAUGCUCUGAAGACAAUGACUGUUGUUGAAGCUGCCUAUCGAAGCACUUUAAAUCGAACGAAAAUUGAGUAUGAUAGUUAG